CCACGAGGCGGAAGCCGACUCUACGCGGCUCCAGACGCGCCUCUCUUCCUCUCCCUCAUCUCGCUGGUUAGCCUGGGGAAAAGGGCCCGCCUCCUGGCCCAUAAGGCCCUGGCUCAGAAGUCUCACUUUCUCUUCCUGUUUCCCGUCAUGGCGCAGGAUCAAGGGGAGAAGGAGAACCCCAUGCGGGAACUUCGCAUCCGCAAGCUCUGCCUCAACAUCUGCGUGGGGGAGAGUGGAGACAGGCUGACCCGGGCAGCCAAGGUGCUGGAGCAGCUCACAGGCCAGACCCCUGUGUUCUCCAAAGCUAGAUACACCGUCAGAUCCUUUGGCAUCAGAAGAAAUGAAAAAAUUGCUGUCCAUUGCACAGUCCGUGGGGCCAAGGCAGAAGAAAUCCUGGAGAAAGGUCUGAAGGUGCGAGAGUAUGAGUUAAGAAAAAAUAACUUCUCAGAUACUGGAAACUUUGGCUUUGGGAUCCAAGAACACAUCGAUCUGGGGAUCAAAUAUGACCCAAGCAUUGGUAUCUACGGCCUGGACUUCUAUGUGGUGCUGGGUAGGCCAGGUUUCAGCAUCGCAGACAAGAAGCGCAGGACAGGCUGCAUUGGGGCCAAACACAGAAUCAGCAAAGAGGAGGCCAUGCGCUGGUUCCAGCAGAAGUAUGAUGGGAUCAUCCUUCCUGGCAAAUAAAUUCCCGUUUCUAUCCAAAAGGCUAAUAAAAAGUUUUCAGUGAAAUGUACAA